AUGGCGGGACACCUGUCUUCGGACUUCUCCUCGCCCCCUCCGGGGGAUGGCGGCGAUGGGCCGGGAGGGCCGGAGCCAGGCUGGGUGGACCCUCGAGCCUGGCUGAGCUUCCAAGGCCCUCCCGGUGGGCCCGCCAUCGGGCCGGGAGUUGGGCCGGGGUCGGAGCUGUGGGGGCUUUCCGGGUGCCCCCCGCCGUACGACUUCUGCGGAGCCAUGGCGCACUGCGCACCGCAGCUCGCCGUGGGCCUCGUGCCUCAAGGCGGCCUGGAGAGCUCUCAGCCGGAGGGCGAGGCAGGGGCCGGCGUGGGGAGCAUCUCCGAGGGGACCUCCCCGGAGCCCGGCGCUGCCCCACCUGGUGCCGCCGUGAAGAUCGAGAAGGAGAAAAUGGAGCAAGCCCCUGAGGAGUCCCAGGACAUCAAAGCUCUCCAGAAAGAACUGGAACAGUUUGCCAAGCUUCUGAAGCAGAAAAGGAUCACUUUGGGAUAUACCCAGGCCGACGUAGGGCUCACCCUUGGAGUUCUCUUUGGAAAGGUGUUCAGCCAAACGACCAUCUGCCGAUUUGAGGCUCUGCAGCUCAGCUUCAAGAACAUGUGUAAGCUGCGGCCCCUGCUGCAGAAGUGGGUGGAGGAAGCUGACAACAACGAGAACCUUCAGGAGAUUUGCAAAGCUGAGACCCUGGUACAGGCUCGGAAGAGAAAGCGAACUAGUAUCGAGAACCGAGUGAGAGGCAACUUGGAGAGCAUGUUCCUGCAGUGCCCGAAACCCUCGCUGCAGCAGAUCAGCCACAUCGCCCAGCAGCUGGGGCUUGAGAAGGAUGUGGUCCGAGUGUGGUUCUGUAACCGACGCCAGAAGGGCAAGCGAUCAAGCAGUGACUGUUCCCAACGAGAGGAGUAUGACGCCGCUGGAUCUCCCUUCCCAGGGGCACCUAUCUCUUUUCCUCUGGCUCCGGGGCCCCACUUUGGUACCCCAGGCUAUGGCAGCCCUCACUUCACCACGCUGUACCCCUCGGUUCCUUUUCCUGAUGGGGAAGCCUUCCCUGCAGUGUCAGUUGCUGCUCUGGGCUCUCCCAUGCAUUCAAACUAAGCUGCCUGCCCUUCUCUCCCAGGAAUGGGGUGGGCAGAGGUCAGAGGAGAUGCUAGGGAAAGAGCACCUGGAGUCUGCAGCUGGGGCUUUGGGGAUCCAAAGUUCUUCAUUCACUAAGGCAGGAAUUGGAAACGUGGAGGGUGGGGUAAGGAGUUUUCAGGGGGAAACUGGUUUGAGGGAAGGUGAAAUUCAAUGAUGCUCUUGAUUUUAAUCCCCACAUCACUUUGAUUUUAAAUAAAGAAGCCUGAGACAC